GGUUUUCUACCACAGAUGCUCGUCGAGGUCGGAAUUUCCAAAUACCUACGCUGUGACAUCUACUCAUCACGGUAUCCUCCAUGACGGUAUAUAGAGAACUACUCAUCACACACGCAUCACUGAAGAUUCACGGUCGCUGGCAUGGCCACGCUGGAUGAUAAGCUGCUGGGUGAGAAGCUGCACUACUACUGCAGCUCCAGCGAGGACGAGGCCGGCGCUGCCGACAGCGACCACGACCCGGCCGAGGACGGACCGGACGGCGCGCCGACCGGCGCCGGCGCGCCGCCGCCGCCGCCGCCACACGCCUGGAGCGGCGCCGCCGCCAAUACUGGGCCCAAGGGCGUCAUCAAAGACUGGCAGCGCUUCAAGCAGUUGGAGGCAGAGAAGAGAGCCAGCCAGUCUCUGGAGAAGAUGCAGCUGGCACAGAAGCUCUCUCUGACGUGCAGGUCGAACCUGGAUGAUGACAAGGAGCGGGCGGAGGAGAGCCGCCUGGAGGAGGAGCUCGGCCUGCUGGAGGACGACCACGUCCUGCGCGAGUUCAUCGAGCAGCGCAUGCGUGAAAUGGCCGCCGGGGGACCCCAACGACCGCAGUUCGGCCGCCUGGUGGCGCUACACACGGCCCAACAGUUCCUGGACGCUGUGGACCAGGAGCACCAGGAUGUCACCGUCAUCGUGCACCUGUACGACGAGCGCACUGCCAGCUGUCGCACGAUGAACGAUUGCCUGGCUACCAUCAGCCGUCUUCAGCCGCUCUACAAAUUCUGCAAGCUGCGCGCCUCAACGGCCGGGGUCAGCAAACACUUUAGCGAGACGGGCGUGCCGGCGCUCAUCAUCUACAAAGGCGGAGCGGUCAUUGGCAACUUCGUACGACUCGAGGACGAGCUGGGGGACGACUUUUGCUCCUCCGAUCUGGAGAACUUCCUCAUAGAACACGGCCUGAUGGCUGAUCGCAGCUGCGCACCGGCCUGCAUCCGCGACGGCGCCGACAGCGACAGUGACUAGCGGCCUGCCAGUCCGCGGCUCUGUCACACUGCCCGGGACCCUGUGAGACCGUCUGUGACUGUGGGACUGUAUGUGGCCCAGUCUGCGACCCUGCCGGUCUGUGCGGCCAGUGGCCACACGUUCCGGCGCCGGCGCUUCCCGGCCGGCUGUGACGUCACGGCGCGUCCCGGUCGGUUGUGACGUCACGGCGCGUCCCGGUCGGUUGUGACGUCACGGCGCCGCAGCCCGGCGGGGUUUCCUGUGAAUCACCUGGCAGGCCGCGCGGCGUGUGGCCGCCAGACCGCACUGCACUGACCGCACUGACCCCGCUCACCCGACCUGUCACUCGGCUGCAGCGUCAGUCGCCAGUGCGCAUCGCUUCCCUGUCUGUAAUCGCAUUGUCAUUGUAAGGUAGCUGACGUAUAAGCUGCUCAUAUUUCACCAUACAUAUGCAUUGUACAUUUA